AUGGUGCAUUUAAACCACCGUGAAUACUUCCAAGACCCCACCAAUCACAUCCAUGUCCCAUCCCCUCCGGCCGCCCCCCACCCCGCCACUCUCGACAUCGCCGCCGAUCUCUCUUUCCCAUUCGGAAAGAUCGAUGGUCUCGACCGCGAUGACCUCCGCAUGACGGCGUACGAGAUAUUCUUCACCGCCUGUCGCUCGUCGCCGGGCUUCGGAGCUCGUACCGCCGUUACCUUUUAUCAGUCUGAAGGUCGAGAACAUGGGACGCCGGGGUCACCGGGAUCCCCCCGCCAUGGUGGGGUGGGGAUGGCGGUGACGAGCCGGACAAAGAAGGCGCUCGGGUUGAAAAUGCUGAAACGAACUCCGUCUACACGGCGGAGCAGCUCGUGUGGGUCAAAUCCUUUCUCUCCGACCGGGUUUUCUAAUAAUCAUAAUAACGGUUCUAACGGUAUCAGUCCACGGGCGUCGUUUUCGACUCUACCGACACACGGCAAGAUACGACGCCCGAUGACGUCGGCGGAGAUUAUGCGGCAGCAAAUGAAGGUGUCGGAGGGAAGCGACAACCGUCUCCGUAAAACUAUCAUGAGAACCCUUGUCGGCCAGACGGGUCGCCGUCCGGAUACGAUAAUUCUACCGUUAGAGCUCCUCCGGCAGCUAAAGCCGUCGGAAUUUAGCAGCUCAAACGAGUACCACAUUUGGCAAAAACGUCAACUCAAGAUCCUCGAAGCCGGACUCCUCGAUCACCCUUCGAUCCCAUUGGACAAAUCCAACAAUUUCGCAGUUCGACUCAGAGAAAUCAUUCACCGCGGGGAUACCAAACCUAUCGACACCAACAAAAGCUCGGAAACCAUGAGAGCCAUCUGCAACUGUGUCGUUUCGUUAUCUUGGAGAACUGCAAAUGGAUCCCCCACGGACGUCUGCCACUGGGCUGAUGGCUACCCGUUUAACGUCCAUCUCUACGUCGCCCUUCUUCGCUCCAUUUUCGACCCGAAAGACGAAACCUGCGUUCUUGAUGAAGUCGACGAGCUUCUCGAACUCAUGAAGAAGACAUGGUCGACUUUAGGGAUCACGAGACCGAUCCACAAUCUGUGUUUCACUUGGGUUCUUUUCGAACAAUACGUUAUGACCGGACAAAUCGAGAACGAUCUGCUUAGCGCUUCGUUAACGAUGCUGGCGGAGGUCGCUAAUGACGCAAAGAAAGCCGACCGGCAGCCCGUUUACAUGGAGAUGUUAGCGGCGGUGUUGAACUCGAUGAAGACAUGGUCGGAGAAACAGUUGCUUGAUUACCAUGAAAGCUUCAACAAAGGAACGGUUGGGUUAAUGGAGAACAUUCUUCCCAUGGUUUUCUCUGCCACCAAGAUCUUGGAAGAAGACGUACCUGCUUAUAAAAGGGUCGCCAUUGAUAGAUCUGAAGAAGCUUCAGAUCACACAGGGAACAGGGUUGAUCUUUAUAUUCGAUCUUCUUUGAAGAACGCCUUCGUAAAGAUGUUGGACAAUGGCAACAGGAUAAACGGGUCGAUGUCGUUACAAGAAGCAAGCGAAAAACUAAUCCAAUUGGCGAAAGAAACGGAGGAAUUGGCGAUUCGGGAGAAGGGAUUGUUUAGCUCGAUGUUGAAGAAAUGGCAUCCGAUCUCAGCAGGAGUUGCGGCCGUGACACUGCACACCUGCUAUGGGAACUUACUGCGGCAGUUCUUGGCGGCAAACUCGAUGAUUUCGAAUGAAACGGUUGCUGUUCUUCAGAGAGCUAACAAGCUCGAAAAGGUGUUGGUUAAUAUGGUGGUUGAAGACUCGGUAGAAUGCGAAGACGGAGGCAAAACAGUCGUGAGGGAGAUGGUUCCGUAUGAAGUCGAUGCGAUCGUGUUGAGAUAUUUGAGACAAUGGAUUCAAGAUUGCUUGAAGAAAGCCAAAGAUGUUGUUCAAACAGCCAAAGACACAGAGACAUGGAAUCCGAAGUCGAAAAGCGAGCCUUAUGCGCAGUCCGCUGUGGAGCUAAUGAAACAAACGAAAGAUGCUAUCGAUUCAUUCUUUGAUAUCCCAAUUGGAGUCUCGGAAGAUCUGGUUCGUGAGUUUGCCGAUGCGAUUGAACAGAUUCUUCAAGAUUAUACAACUUUUGUUGCAUCUUGUGGUUCAAAACAAAGCUACAUUCCCACACUGCCGCCUCUAACUCGGUGCGGCCGCGACUCAAAGUUCAUCAAACUUUGGAGAAUGGCCGCACCGUGCAGCGUAGUGAACAACGAGGUCGGUUGUGAGGAAGGCAACUAUUCUCGACCAUCGACGAGCCGAGGAACGCAACGACUCUACAUUCGACUCAACACCUUACACUACAUUCUUUCCCAACUCCAGUCGUUCGAGAAGAGUCUUGCUCUCUCCCCGCGGAUCAUCUUGUCUCCAAAAAACCGACUUGGCGGCAGCCGAGCCGGCGGCUCCUACUUCGAACAAACUCGAUCCGCCAUCCAAUCCGUCACCCAACACGUGUCGGAAGUCGCGGCCUACCGGCUAAUAUUCCUCGAUUCUAACUCGGUUUUCUACGGAAGUUUAUACAUGGGAGACGUGGAGAAUUCAAGAAUCACUCCGGCGGUGAAGAUCAUGAAGCAUAAUCUAACUCUGUUAACGGCGAUCGUGACCGAUCGAGCUCAACCGAUCGCGAUGAAGGAAGUAAUGAAGGCUACAUUCGAGGCGUACUUAACGGUUUUACUCGCCGGAGGAAGCCCGAGGAGCUUCACGAGGGCGGAUCAUCGGAUGAUCGAAGAAGAUUUGAGGAAUUUGAAAAGGGUAUUUGUGACGGGUGGCGAAGGGUUGAUCGUGGAGGAUGUGGUGGACAGAGAGGCGGAGGCGGUGGAAGGAGUGGUGGCGUUGAUGGGACAAGCGACGGAGCAAUUGGUGGAGGAAUUUAGAAGCUUGGUUUGCGAGGCAAGCGGCGUUCUGGUGACGGGUGGUGCAGGGCAAAAACUGCCGAUGCCGCCGACGACCGGAAAAUGGAGCAGCACCGAUCCGAACACAAUCUUGAGGGUUUUGUGCCAUAGAAAUGAUAGUGCUGCAAAUUAUUUCUUGAAAAAGACAUUCCAAUUACCAAAGAGGAAGUAGAAACUCCAUUGAAAUCGAUGUAUUCCGCUUUUGGUGAAAGGGUAGUUCUUCU